UAGGUAAACGUCUCACAUUACAUAUAUAAGAGAACUUAAAUCUAAAUGUAAAUGGCGAAGCAAAGCGGUAGAAGAGUUCUCGGACAUCAAGCAAAAUCAAAUAUGCCUAAAGCACACAUAAGUAUUUUUUUGAUCAUUUCUGUAUACCUUUCUUCGGAAAAUUUCACAAGAGUAAACUCACAGAGCCAGGGAAAUUGGUGUAUAGCGAACCAUGUUAUGGAUAAUGAAAGAUUACAAAAGAACAUAGAUUUUGCAUGUUCUAAAAUCGAUUGUCGGAUCAUAAUGGAAGGAGGUUCAUGUUAUGAUCCUAAUACUCCGCUUAAUCAUGCUUCUGUCGCCAUGAAUCUUUAUUAUCAAGCUCAAGGAAGACACCAAAGGGAUUGCUACUUCGAAGGCUCUGGUCUCAUUACAGUCAUUGAUCCUAGCUAUGCUUGUUGCAAGUAUCAAUAUCUUAAGUAAGAGGAUGCAAAGCUUUGUAUUGGUUACAAAAAUAAAUUGAAUAACAAAGAACUCUAGUUAUGGAGUUUCAUGUUUUGAUAUCUAAGUUUGAAUGGUUCGAUUUAUCAUCUGCUACAAUAUUUUAGUUUUCUAUCAUUGUAAGAACAAUAAUUACUUUUUUAACAUUUAUACCAAAAAAAAAAACAAUAAUUACUUUAUCCUUUACAAAAACUGAUGAGCCAGUUAGUAAUAAACUGACUGGUAGUCUUCUACUUUGCAUUUCACUCUGCUUCAUUACUUAGCAAAUCAUUGCAUUUUAAUUUUUGAUGUUUAAUCUGUCUUCAUACAUUUGCAUUUAACGGAAAAAAAAAUUGUUUGCCUUCAAGCAAGCAAAAAGAUUAGCUAGUUAAAUGUUCACCCAACUUUUAGAUUAUUUUCUUUUAAAAUUUUAAAUAUAUGAAAAAGUAAGGUGGGUGUUUCAAAAAAAAAAAAAAAAAAAAAAAAAAUGAAAAAGUAAGGUGUCUGGUUCGAAUCCGAGUGAAGCCAGCUUUUUCGUUUGUUCUCUCUCUCUAUAUAUAUAAAAAAAAAAAGACUAAACCCUGAGACGAUGCCCUAAUCUGUUUAGAGAUCUCCCUUGUUUUGCAUCGACUUUCUCGGCAGCUGCGGUUUAUAUAUCAUAAUGAUCAAAUUGAUCAAAUCAAUGUUUCAGGCAAUAACUCGUCCGAUUCAAUACCUGAUCAUCUCUUAUCUCCGGUAUGUUUCCGGAUCUCCUUCAUUGACUGAUACAAAACAUGAUCAUUACGUCACCACGCUUGUCAUCGAACACUCAUACAAGUUUGUGAGGGAAAACAUCCUCUAUUCCUCCACUCACGCUUAUGUUUUCAAUAAGCUCGGCAUAAUUCACCCGGUCAAUUACCAUGUCGGCGAACUCACAUUAGCCGAUAGCUACCAAGGGAUCGAGCUCAGCUGGAGAAUUUUCUAUAAUAAAAGUAUCGGAAGGGAAUCAUUCGAGCUGAGAUUUGACAAAAGACACAAAGACUUGGUCUAUAACUCUUACCUACCUUACGUAGAGAGCACGGCAAAGGAGAUGACGACAAUUCCGGAGGUGCACAUAUAUUCUCACUCCUUUGACACUUGGGAAACCAAGCCCCUCGAGCACCAUUCGACCUUUGAAACAAUUGCUAUGAAGGAAGAGCUCAAGCGUGGCCUCAUCCACGAUCUUGAUAUGUUCGUCCGAAGGAAAGAUCUCUACGAUAGAGCUGGGAGACCUUGGACGAGAAGUUACUUGCUGUAUGGUCCACCGGGGACAGGGAAGACGAGCCUGGUGGUUGCUAUGGCUAAGUACCUUAACUUCGAUGUCUACGACCUACAGCUCUCGAGAGCGGUGGAAAGCUACUUCAAUCCAAGAAAACUGCUUUCAGGAGUCAUGAACAACUCUAUUCUCCUCGUAGAGGAUAUAGAUGAGGGAUCGACGGUGUUGGUAUUAUCGAACCUGUUGAGUAGCCUAACACUAGGGACACCAUGGGGAGAAGCACGCAUCGUAAUAUUCACGACGAAAAACAAGGAUAUGAUUGACCCAACAUUGCUAAGUCGUAUGAGUAUGAAAAUUUACAUGGGACAUUGCUGUUUUGAGGGCUUCAAAGUGUUGGCGUCUACCUACUUGGGCCUCUCUCAUGUCGACAAUGAUGAGCCACACCGUCUCUAUCCAGACAUCAAGCGUUUGAUUGAUGGACAAGUUAUCACACCAGCUCAAGUCACGGUGGAGCUUAUGGAGAGCGAAGAUGUUGAUGUGGUACUCGAAGGUCUAGUGAGGACUUUGGAGAGUUUAACAUCAGAUAAGAUUGAUGAUGAUGAAGAUGAGGAAAAACAUUUGGCAUGUUUAAGAGACUUAUGAGCCAGUCAUAUACACUUGAAGCGAGUCUUGCUAAUCUUCCACAACAUCUAUUUUUAAAAAAAUUAAUUUACAAGUAAC